CAAGGACAACAGAGCAGCGAGGCAUUCGUCCACAGCUUCAGAUUACAGCAUGACGGAUAACGUGCGGCGUGUGAUGUCUAAAGACGGCCGCAGUAACGUGAAGAUCGAUAAUGUGGAAGGGAUGGUCAAGCUCUUCCUGCACGACAUCUGGACCACAGUGGUGGACAUGAAGUGGCGUUAUAAGAUCACGCUGUUCGCCUCCACCUUCGUCACCACGUGGUUCAUGUUCGGAGUCGUCUUCUACCUCAUCGGCCUGAGGAACGGCGACUUCCAUGCCGACCUGUCGUCCAAUCACACGCCCUGCGUGAUGAACGUGGACACGCUGACCGGCGCCUACCUGUUCUCGCUGGAGACCCAGACCACCAUCGGCUACGGCUUCCGGCACAUCUCCGAGGAGUGUCCUCUGGCUAUCGUGACUCUGGUGCUGCAGCUGGUCAUCACGGGUUUGGCUGAGAUCUUUGUGACCGGUGCGUUUCUGGCCAAGCUGGCGAGACCCAAGAAGCGCGCGGGAAGCAUCAAGUUCAGCCGGUCGGCGGUGGUGUGCAAGCGCGGCGGGAGCUGGUGUCUGAUGGUGCGCGUGGCCAACAUGAGGAACAGCCUCCUGAUUCAGUGUCAGCUCUCGGGGAAACUGCUGUCGACCCACGUCACGCAAGAAGCCGAGAAGACCCUCGUCCAUCAGAGCAGCGUGGACUUCCAGCUGGACUCCAGCGGCGAGUGUCCGUUCCUGCUGCUGCCGCUCACCUUCUAUCACGUGCUGGACGAGCGAAGCCCGCUGAGGAGCCUCACAGCCGAGAACCUGCCCAAACAAGACUUCGAGCUGCUGGUGACCCUCAACGGCACCAUGGAGUCCACAGCCGCCACCUGCCAGAGCCGCACGUCUUACCUGCCGCAGGAGAUCCUGUGGGGUUAUGAGUUCAAGCCUGUGCUGUCCGACACGACCGGCGGGAAACUGGCCGCAGACUUCAGCUUCUUCGACAAGCUGCAGGGCUGCAGCGAGCCGCCGAUGAUCCACAACAACACGGAGAAGCUCCAGCUGGAGGAGGAGUACAGACGGGAAUGA